UUCUAUUAUAUCUCUUCAGUCAUUUAUUAAUCCACUGUAUCACCACUUCCAGAUCAUGAAGACGAUGGCAGUUCACAAGAGGGCACCAUGAGAGGGCAGCACUGGACAUUGGUGUUGACUGGCAUGCUUCCGCUGGUACUGCUGGUGAUGGUGCUGUUUCAAGAAUGCUCGGCCUCCAAGUACAUCAUAUCCAACCACAGGGCAUCCAUAUCCACUCCUCAUCCCCACUCCGUAUUUAAUACCCCCUCUGCCUUUUCCACUAGCUCCCUAAGGCACACCAACACACGUCUUGUCCCUUCCACCACCUCCACCAUUGCUGUCACUCCCUCCUCCACCGCUCCAUCUUCCAUCACGUAUUCAUCUAACCUUGUCAGCGCCACCCACCAGCAAGAGGAACCAACUGAAGAAGAACUGCCGCAGGAGAGCACGAGAGUAUCCCACAAGACGAACGAGAAAGCGACCGGAGCAGUGCGAAGCUUCGUUGAUGUGGCCAGAAACUUGAAAGGCUGGAUUGUUGCUUUCUCGAGAGGUGGAGAGACUAGGGAGACGGACGGGAGAGAUGGAGGUGUUAAAGUUGAAGGAGAAGAAAGAUACAUAGAAGAGGAUGAACAAAGAGAAGAAAAGGUUGAAGAGGAGAGAGGAGGAGAAGGAGCUGGAGGAAGAGAAAGAGGAAGAACUCAAGAAACACAAGAAGGUGGAAAAGGGGGGGUUGAAGAUGAAGUUGGAGGAGGAGGAGAAGAAGGAGGAGGAGGCGAAAAAGAGAAUGUAGAAAGAGAAGAAGGCGUCCAAGAUGAAAGAGAAGGACGAGAAAAAGGAAGAAAGGAAAAAGAAGAGGAUGAGGAAAAAGAAAAAGGUACUGAAGCUAAGAGAGAAGGAGGAGGAGGAGGAGGAGGAGGAGGAGAAGGAAGAGGAGGAAGCGGUACAGAAGAGAGAAAAGUAGAAAAUCAGAGGGACAACAUAUCGACGAAUCUUGAGAGUAAUGGAAUCUUCAUGAAUGUGCCCUCUCCAGCAGAAGAAAUUAAGAUUUAUAGGAUCGUAUUUCCCACCACUGAAUCAACAACAAGUACAGCUACAACAACUGCUAUUACUACUACUACGACCACAGAGACAGACAAAACCAACAAAACAAACGCAGAGGAAACGAAAACAAAAUCAGACAAUACCGGCCAUGCUACCAAGCUUCCAUAUAUCCUCAGACACCCUCUCACCUCUAGCCAUAAACCAUCACCAUCACUACCACAACCACAGGCUCCCAGCGUCCCCCUCUGCUGCCCUGACUACUUAAAAAGGAACUCCUGUCGUCCACUAAGCAAUGAGACCCUCCCUUCCACCCUCCCCAUCGCUUCGAGUCGUUGCUCCACCUCUGAGGCUCGAGAAGUAGCUUACCACUCAAAGACCCUCAACUGCUCGCUCAAAAACCUAAGAGAAACGAUCCUGGGUGAAGGAAGGAAGAUUGUAUAUGAUAAUCAAACGUUUUCCCUCGCCUGGGAUCAGGUAUUGGUCAACGAUUUCUGUGUUUUAGGUGCUGUAGGUGAAAGAAAAGGAAGGGAAAGGGUUGAAAUUGCUGUGUGUCUUCCUCCAAGAGUGACGCAAAGUGAUGGAUGUCGAGGUUCUAACAUGUGCCUGAAGAAGUGCUGUCCAGUGGGUUAUCUACUUCGAGGGUCUUCAUGUGUGUGUCAAGACUCCCUUCAUGACUCACCCUCAAGGUUUGUAGCUCUACUGGGCCCUCGGAGUGAUCACAAGGCGCAGGAAGAUGAAGAUAAGGACGGAGAGGUUGGGUUUCCGAUGUGUGCUUUCUCGGAGUAUGUGGAAAUAGAUCCUGAACUAAUGUCCUCCCUUCGUAAUGAAACUUUGCGGACUGACUCAGAGAUGUCGCUGACUGAGUACUGUGUGAACGAGGAGUUGCUGGAGCAGGUGGGGAAAGACGAGAUGGUGGAUGGAAGAGAAGGAAGGAAAGACGUUGAAGAGGAAGAUCGAGAAAGUGAAGAUGAGAAUGAAGAGGAAGGCAAGGAGGGUGCAGUAGUACGAACACUAGUCUUGAUCGUCUGUCAGAAGGAACUUAACGCCACCAAUACGUCUUCCUUAUCAACGUGGCUGACCGUGCGGCGCGUCCUGAUCCCCGCCGGCCUGGUCGUGUCGUGCGUGUUCCUGGUCGCAACGCUCCUCUGCCACCUCUGUGUCGCGCCGCUCAGGGACCGCCACGGCCUCUGCCUCGCCGCCUACGUCGCCUCCCUCCUCGCCGCUGACGCCACGCUGUUCUUCGCCCAGGCCUUCUCCACAUACCUCUCGCCCUCUGCCUGUGUCUUCGUGGGCUCACCGUUCAGGCCGUUCCGCUCUACCGUUCUCCAGCUGACUUUCGCUGCUUCUUCGCCUACGCCGUGUACGCCUGGGGCUCGCCGCUGGUCAUCGGGGGCGUGGCUGUCACCCUCCACUCACUGCCCGACCAUGUGGACUGGCUGCUGAGGCCGAACUUUGUGCAGAACUCGUGUUGGUUUAGAGACGGCAAGGAGAUCCUGGCCUACUUCUACGGGCCCAUGGGAGUCUUGUGCCUUGUCAACACAGUCCUCAUCAUCCAGACGGGGUUCAGGCUGUACUGCGCCGCGGACCAGAAGUGUGACUGUCUGCCCCAGUCCUGCUGCCGCAACACUGACCACACCCUCUACCGCUCCUAUAUGACCGAGUUUUGGCAAAGGUUCACGCUGUUCGCCCUCAUGGUCGGCUGCUGGGUCAUGGAAGUGGUGUCCUGGCUCGUGGGCCCGGCAGACUCCGAACUGUGGGCUUUGACAGACACACUCAACACCUUCCAGGGCGUCUUCAUCUUCAUCACCUUCCUCAGGAGUAGCAAGAAGCGUCGACUACUGCAGGAGGCGCUGGCGAGGGCUGCUGAAGGAGUGGGAGGAAGAGGCGGCGUAGGAGGGAGCAUCUCAACCCUGCAGUGUCUCCCCGCCGCGGCCAGUCCAAACCGAAUCAUGGACCGCAUAAAGGAUUCCAGCUCUAUUCGAGUCCUCGUCAGAUGGUUCUCUAGGCUUCCAGGGAGAGGACAUCGCAUUGCCACCCCGCAGGUUCUCGAUAACAUUAUAUUCAGAGGGAAAAUGGAGUAUAAUGAAGGCUUUGAGGAGGAUGUGAGCGAGGAGCAGGCGGAGGACGGGGCUGGGAAGGGCGUGCGUGAUGGGGACGGUGUCAAGAGGUUCAAGAAGGGGUUCGAGCCUGUGUUCACGUCGCCGCAGCACUGGAGGGUUCGCUGGUCAAGGUCAUACUUUCCAGGGGCGCCUCAGGGGACAGGAGCGGCCCACGGAGGACUCCCAGGGGUCAUGAAGGGGCUGGAACUUGCCUCUACUGAUACUACUACUACGGGUGCUACUACUUCAUCGGCUACUGCAACUACUGCUACUGCUACCACUUCGGCUAUCGCUGCCGUUACUACUCCUACUAUUGCUACUACGGCUGUAACAACAACCACAACUACGGCAUUUUCCUCUUUUGCAUCUCCUUCCCCUUCCUGCUCCUCUCCCUCCUCCUCCUCCUCCUUCGCCCGCUGGAGCCUCCUUCGCCACAAGUCCGGUUCCAUGACGCUGGUGUCGGCGCCACGUCAGACACCCGCCGGAGACGUGGUGUGUCGCGGCCUCACCAGAACCGAUCCGGGCUUACCCUGAGGAGCACACACACACACACACACACACACACACACACACAGUUGGGAAGGAUUGCCAUGACUGUUUGCUGUUUACAAAAGCGAAGUAAUCUGAAAGCACAUUGAUUUUUAAACGUCGUAUUAUUCUUUACUUUUGGGGUGGUUAGUUUUCUUUUUUUAUAUAUAACAUCUUACUACUCAGUUUGUAAUAUUUCGACUUAACUUUGAAAAUGUAACACUUCUAAGUACCUCCACCCUAAAAAAAUGAAGUAAAAAGUCAAACUAGCUACAUACUUAAUAAACAUUAAUACGACGUUUAAAAAAUGUGGCGUAAAUAAAAGAUAUUAAAACAACGAUAUAUUUUCACAUAGAAUCUUAUUUAUAUCUUUUUCCAUCUAGCAUAGAAAUCUACACCGUUCUUUACAUACACAUUCUGACUCAGUUUGGUCACUUUGAGAAGCUAACUCCCUUUCUUAUUCCUUUCCAAUUUUACAACACGAUUAUAGAUAGAGCUAGGGGGGCCGUAUUACAAGUCCAUUCCGGGAAGUAUCGGGUCCCUACAGAGUUAUUCAUCCCAAACUGUAGGGACCCGAAACUUCUCGGAUUGGACUUGUCGUACGACCCCUAAACCGACCUUUGUAAGGACCCGAAACUUCUCGGAUUCGACUUGUAAUACGGCCCUGUGUCGCAUCUUUAGAUCCUCCUCAUUCCGUUGCUUAUACACAGAGACUAAUCUCAAUCCAUCUGAUUUGCAACGUGUUUCGCCUCGAGUCAUACUUUUCCCGUUCGAUGAUAUUCAGCUCUAUGAUGUACUUAUUUUCCUGAAUUGUAUUUCAUGUAGUGUUAUGUCUCUUGUUCCGUCACUUGUACACAAAGGGACGUGAAUAUAGGUUACUCGGAUGUAAAUAUAUUGGUCUGGUGGUUAUAUUUCGCUCGGUCAGUGGUACAAGGUCUUGCAUAGCAUACUUUUUAAGUGCAAUUCGAGUGAUGCUACAUCGUCUUUUCGUGCCGGUACUGAUAUAGUGCACCAAAAAGACGUGAAGGAUUAGAAGAAGAAGCAGAAGAAGAAGAAGAAGAAGAAGAAGAAGAAGAGAAGAAAACAAAUGAAAGAAUAAAACAAACAAGAAAACAAGAAAACAAGAACAAGAACAAAAGAAGAACAAGAAAGAAAGAUAAAAAGAAAAAGGAAAACAAGCCAAGAGAAAGAGAUAAAGAAGAGGAAAAAAAAGACCAUUUGAUCCGAAAAUAUUGCUUUAAAUGUUCGAAUAUAUUGCUUCGAAUGUCAUAUUUCACUCGUUAAGGAAACCAUCCUUUCACCACCACCACCAUCACCGCCACCACCAUCUGAGAAUGGCUGAGAGAUCCCGCAACAUGACAACAGAGCGCCUUAUAAAACACCUUCACGCCUUAAACAACACAAAUAGCGAGGGUGGAGAGCAGGGUAAUUGAAGCACACUCACUGUCGACGCGAUAACCACACACACACACAUACACAUACACAAAAGCGAGACUUCCCGUGACACACCAACAUAACGCUUUAUAAUACACCUUCACGGCCUUAAUAGCAAGAUGAAGGAAAAGAUUAUUAACCCAAACUCCCUGAUUACCUUUUUUCCCACGCAAUGAACCAAAUAAUUCGAG